AUGGCUUCAUCUACAAGAGGCGGCGUCAACCCGCUGCGUCCGUACUAUAUUCCACCCACGAUCGGAGACCAAACCGAGUCAUUGCCCGGGCAGCCGAACCCUUUCUCACAUGCAAAUGCAACCUCUGGCGCCGGCAGCGCAAAGUACGCGUCGAGAGCGCGUGACAUCUUCCCAGAUCUGGACUACAGGGACUAUGUCAACGACCCGUCGCCUUCAACGAUACAGAGCGUCAAGGACCUCAUCGACGAGCUGCUAUGGAAGUACACGAGUGUCUUGAUGGCCCAACCCUUCGAGGUCGCCAAGACUGUGUUGCAAGUCAGAACGCAGGAUGACCUCGAGCUAUCAGAGACGGGUGUUUCUUCAUUACAACCUUCUCGACCAAAGAUAACAAGCCCACGGGAAUCAUUGUAUGAUCAGUACCCAGAGUCAGACUCGGAUGACGAACCCUCGUAUUUUACUUCCAAUGCACCUUACCAAACACCGACUCCGUCAAGCCGGUCUCAGAAACGGACGAUGAGCUCGACGGAUGUGCCCAAGCCGGCUGGGGCACCCGAGCUGCCACCACAUCAACUCAACAUCAAGCGGCCCGAUUCGAUAUUAGAGGUGAUAGCACAGCUAUGGUCCAAAGAAAGUGCCUGGGGUGUCUGGAAGGGAUCAAAUGCAACCUUUCUCUACACGGUGCUGCAGUCUCUGAUGGAGAACUGGUCGCGAAGCCUUCUCAGUGCACUCUUCAACGUACCAGAUCUGGGUGUCAAGGAUGAUGUGGACAAGCUUGUCGACAUUGCAUCUCCAUAUCCCUGGGCGUCGCUGUGCGUCGCGGCCGCCGCGGCCGUCGCCACUGGCCUCGCACUGGCUCCUUUGGAUAUCGUUCGCACGAGACUUGUCUUGUCGUCUACCAGUAGCGGGCGACGACGAACCAUGUCGACACUGCGCGCGCUUCCUUCAUGGCUGUGCCCAUCCUCACUUAUUGCACCGACAAUCCUCCACUCGCUGGUCCAUCCGGUCCUUACUCUAUCCACACCUCUUGUUCUACGUUCUCAAUUCCUUAUAGAUAAGGAACUCUCACCGACCACCUUCUCAGUGGCCAAGUUCUGCACUUCGUGUGCUUCCUUGUUUGUGAAGCUACCGCUAGAGACAGUUCUUCGCCGUGGUCAGGCCUCCAUUUUCACACAACCAGCUUAUAUCCGGGCUCUCGAAAAGACGGGCACCUUGGAUACUAUUGUACAGCCAGGAUCCUAUAACGGUGUCGUCGGCACCAUGUAUACUAUUGUCGCUGAGGAAGGAUCGCAUGCAGUCCCGGUCCCAGUCAAGGCCGCCUCAACUAGGAGCAAGAAAGGCAAGCAGGCAAAGAUUGGCGAGACCGUAUACAAAAAGGGACAAGGAGUGGGAGGCCUAUGGAGAGGAUGGAAGGUGAGCUGGUGGGGUCUUGUCGGAUUAUGGACUGCUGGUGUAGUCGGCGGUGGUGGUGAAGGCGAGUUCUGA